UCUGCUGCGACUAGUUGGCCUCCUAUUAUGCUGACAAGUCUGUAGGACGAUACACGUGUUCUGCAACAAUUGCAACUCGCGAUGCUCAGAAUCGGGUCUGUUUGUGAAGAUAUGCAUAUCAUUUAAUCCUCUUAACAUAUCCAUCCCACAGAGCAUAAUAAUUGCAGCUCCAGUUGCACCACAGAAAUCGCAAUUCAAAAAUCAAACACGCAAAUAACCACCUUUCAACCGUUGUUUACAAUUGCAUGCGCGCAUGUGCGUUGUUCAAAGGCAAACAAAAAAGCGUCGUUCGUUGCUCGGAACGACGUCUAACAACUGCUGAUAAGAAAGGGGAAACGAUACGGAAAGGGUAUAGCGAAUGUGCGGGAAAUGCCGACAACGCAAACGCAGCAUUAGAGCAGCGGCGAAGAAAAUUGUAAUCAGAAAGGCAACGAAGGUACGGGCAAGGUGGGUCCAACCGUAAACUUAUCAGCAGCACCGAAUUCCAGCAUCAUUGACAGAGUGGCACCACGAAUGGUGGAAAGAUUAUUGAUUUCAGCAGUGUGAUGUGUAGACAACAAGGCAUCAGAACCAAUAGAAUUAAACGGCGAGUUCUAUCGAACCGGAAAGAAAAAGUUCGUGCGUUUUUGUAACUGUUUUGUAGCGGUGUGGCUGCUAAUGGUUAAUUUACACAGUGAAACACAAUCCGGGGCAAGUGAUUUCCACGGAUUUAAUCGAUUUGCACUCGCGAAGAAUUGACCUGUUUGCGUGGUGUGUGUGUGUGUGUACUAACUAGUCUUCUGGAAUUUGCGUGGCAUAGUGAAUAAAAAUCAUGCUGAAACAGGAAAAUUUGGCCGCCAAUUUUUGCGGUUUACUAUCCGUGAGCGGAAAUAAAGAUGUAGCAAUCGAAUGGCGUAUACUAGGCAAAGAGCAGGAUAGUUCCCUGCUGGCUAGCUGGGUGUCAUUUGAUCCUAAAAAAGGACGGGAGGAACAACGCACCAAUGUGGGCAUUUACACACCGAAAAGCAAAACGUUCGACGUGCUUUAUACCUUCCCGAGCCGGGAAAACGUUAUACAGGCUUCGGUCAAUCUCACCCACACGCUUUUGCUCUACGUAAUGAAGGAGGUUAAGCAGGACGAAUUCGGUCGCAACUGUGACGUGUAUCGUGCAUUCUUGGUGGAGGUGCGCCCCAAGGUGGAAUCGGUACGGCCCCAUCUACUUGUCGAAGUCGAGCGUAAUCGGCAGAUUAUGGCUACAUUCCUGUGGCGCAAAUUGUCCACAUUCGAGAAAAAUUAUCAGGAUAAAUUUUUGCUUUUGGUGCACCAUGAGCACGUGCUGUUGUAUACAGCGUCGUUGAAAAGAAUCGAAACAUCAUCGGAAGAUGAACGGUACGAGCCGGUCCUUGCUUCAGGCGGUAGCACUAGGAUCGAUUACACCAACCCAAACGCCUGGGAAUUGGAUCGGGAUGCAAUGAAAAGUGAAACAAUUACAAAAGCGUUCAUAUGGGCACAGUGGGACCCCAUCGUGCAAGCGCUGUACUACAUACACCUGAAACCAACCACACGAACUAUCUUCGAAAAGGAAGACGAAUCUGCGGGCGAACAAGGGGAAGGAUCCAAACGGCUUCAACCGACCCUAUCCGCGUUUCAGUUUCACGAUGAUCUACCGACGGAGACGGUGCUGAACAUACCGUUAAAUUUACCGAAAAUUCCUUCCUCCAGCAGCGAGGACAUUUACGAGGAUGACACUGUGCCCUUGCGUAUACACGAUUCGUCCCUUAACCUGGUAAUAGUAAGCGACGAGUCGGGGAUGCUUUUCGUCUGCCAUUACUAUCUUUAUCAACCGAUCAAGCAGCAGGAAGAGGAAGCACAAACCGCCAACGGCACCGCGCAGAACAUUUUCGACGUACACUUUGCCUACUCGGUCACGAUCCUGCACCACGGUUGCGUUAUACACUGUGUAAUGCCGGGCAUACCGUGGGAGAAGGCCAAGCUGAUGAAACCCACCUUUACGCUGCACGGCGAUCAUCAUGUGCUCGUGUUUCAGGCGGAUCUGUUUAUGCAUCUGCUCGAUGUAGGACUAUCGCAUGAACCUUCGUGCCAUAUCGUAUGUGCACCGUUUACGCGUGCUCCCAUUACGCAGCUGGUGCCAUGUUUCGCGACCAACAACAUUUGCUACGAUUCGGCCACACUCGAUCUGAUCUCGAUAACGAUCCCAAAAUCGCAUCUGAUCGAUGCAUUCCGGAAUGAUACGUCGAUCGAUAAUCGGCUCGCGAUCGUGCACUACUUCCUAGCACACUCGAAUGGUGGUGAUAUUAUAGAAAUAUUUUCCGAGAUAUUGAGCAUCAUUAUGGAACGCCCGCUCCAUCUGGAUACGGUGCCAUUGUUGAAGGAAGCCCUUGUUGCCGGGACAUACGCUUCGGCCAAAAAAGGUCUCACCCAGGAUCAGUUGGCACUGUUCCGUUUGCUUCCACUAACAACCUGCAGUACGGCCAAGCCAAUCGAGGCUAAAGUGGGCAAGCUUAAUGUGGGGCUUUCGCAUGAAACGCUCUACAACACUUCGAUGAUGUUGCUCUCGCCACAGCAGCGGCUGUCACCGUUUCGCAAAGACAUCUGGACACAGCUGUGGGAUCGGCUCAGUGAUAAUGGUGGCAGUAGCAAAGAACGACCACGCUUUCACCAGGAUCAGGUGCGCGAAAAGCUUAUGUAUUCGCUUGCCUGCUAUCAGCCGGAAGCCUUGUCCCGCUGCACAACCCCUAUGUCACCGGCUAACCCGAUCGGAGGUUCGUUCGGGAUGGACUUUGUUGCCGGCACUAGCUCGGCCGGUGGACGGGCACGGUUACAGAACGAUCUACCGUUCGCCGAAACGGAAGCAUGUACGGCCAACAAGCAGGAGCUGGUACUGAACGUGAAUCUGCGCGAACUGAGCAUGCAUUUGGUGAAGCACAGCGUAAAAGAAGUAACCGGAUUCCGGUGGUUAAAGAAUGCGUUUUACGAUACAAAUCCGGCCACGUCGCAUGUACACGCGGUAGCGACACGAUACGUUGCGGCCCAGCUGGAACAAUCGCGAGCGCUCUGUGUGCUUAUGAGCCGUACGGCGGGGCUCGAUCAUGCGCUGGCGAUCGAUGGUACCGAAAGCCGCGGGUUCGCAUUGAUCGAUCAGCUCGAACGUGCGCUGCAGGUACGAUUGUUUGCCAUGCUCGAGCGGUACUGUUUGGCGGUGGAAACGCUCGCAUUCCCAUUACCGCUCGGAUUUUGCUCAUUCUUCUCGUACCUCGGUUACCGGGCACUGUCGUUCGACACCUUCAUGCAGUACGUCGAGCAUCAUGUGUUCGAGCUGCAGAUCGACGUGGUGAAGGUAAUCUUUGCCGACAUUGAGGACACGCAGGAUGGAAUUCGGCAGAAGCUGAAGCUGCUCAUGAUUUUGCCACGAUCGAGAGCUCGCCGGUUACUGAAUAGCUGGAACCAUCCAGUAAGCGCGAUGCUGCGCGGACGUGAACACGCCAUGAACAUCCUGUCGGGAAAUUCGGUACAUCCACGCGGAUCAGCACACCAUAAAAAGCGGGACUAUCAACCGAAAGAUCUCAGCCAAGGGUUAGGAGCUGCACGGAAGCUUCAGCAACCGUUGGACAAUUUUCUCGACCUGCUUACUGCCAAAGCCAACCUCAACGAACUUGACUUUAAUCUGCUAAUCGAAACAACGCUGACAUCGGUGGAAAACUUCCACGUGUAAGACGAUGCUUUGGCAAACAGAAACACCAAGUACCAAAACAUGAUGUGGGUGGUUUCCCUGUGGUAAACUUUGAUUGUUUUGCCUGCCUGAAAUAGGUACACGCUUUUAGGUGUAUCAGUAGUAUUGUUCCAACAUAGACAGGUCCUGUUUCGGUGAAGUAAAACAAUGGAUGUGAUUAACGGUAGAUUCGUAACGAGUGGGAUCAGAUUUCGCACAAAGUUUGUUCUCCAUAAUCCGCUAUCGAAAAAAACAAUAAUAUGUACAUUUUCGUGAGUGGCAAUGUGCAAUAAAAUUUUGCCCUGAUUAAUUUCACAAAUGAUACUCAUCUUUCUAAUCUCAGUGAAUAGGUCGGUAAUUCAAAACAUUGACAUUUUUGGUUUCGGAUAUUGUUAAGGUCCUAGAGUCAUUUAAAUUGUAGAAAUGUUCAGUUAAGUUCAGUUGGUAAUCGUUGCUUUAUUUCGUACUUAUCUCACUAGAUGCAUUUGCAAGACAAAGAACUGAAUUUCUUUUCAAAUAAAGCAAUACAAAAAAACACGCAAAUAAACACCACUCAAGUAUACGUGCCAAAUUUGAUAAAAAUUCAAUAGAAGGUUUGAAGUAAUUAUGUGAGAGAAAAGCACACGUGUACCAGGAAGAUCGAUAUAGAAGCUAAACAGAAACAGACCGUAAUAAAUCAAAACAUUGUGCGUCAAUUUCCAGCCUAUCGAUAGGUUUUCUAAACCUAACCUAAGCAAAGAAAGUAAUAAAAUGAGAAAAAAUUACCUUCAACUACAA